AUGCUGCAACGCAACCCGCGGUGGGCGCUUUGCGCGACCCUUGCCGCACUCUACAGCGGCACGCGCAUCCAGAGCGCAUCAGGUGCUGAAUCUCAGGAUAUCAGCCAAUGUGAGUCAGCUUGGACUCCGUGGACAACUUGCAACCCGAGUACAGGCUUGCAAGAGAGACAUAACUCGCAGUGCGAGACGUGGGUGGAAGUGAAAGAAUGCCAGAAGCUCUCAGGAUGUGGUGCUUUUUCGGCGUGGUCACCCAGCGACGUUGCAUGCGUCCCCGGUCAGUUCCAGAGUCGAUCUCGGGAAAACUGUCCGGAGGUGAUGGAAGUCAGGUCGUGUAAGCACGAGUCAAAAGAGUGUAACAAACUAUGGACCCCGUGGACAGUGUGCGACACCAACAACUUGCAAGAAAGAUACAACUCUGCGUGCGGGCCUGUUGAAGUGCGCGAAUGCCAAAUGUCAGAAGAAGAAGUCAAGAAGUGCGGUGAUUUCGGCGACUGGAGCCCCCCUCUCGCUGGUGACUGCGUGCCUGGCACUACUCACACACGCCAGAGGGCAAAUUGCCCAAACCACAAGGAGGUGCGGGUUUGCGGCGCCUUCGAUUGUAGCCAGUGCUCAGUCAACGCUACCUGCGACCCCCUCGGAGCCACUUGUCAGUGCAAACCGGGUUUCCGAGGCGAUGGGACUCAGUGCGAGGCAUUCAACCCUUGCGAAGGGGAGACGGCUCCUUGUGAUGCGAACGCGACCUGCACGGCUGAUGGAAAUGACGCCAAAUGCCACUGCAACAAGGGCUGGAACGCAGACAGCAAGGCAGGUGCCAGCGGUCACGCAUGCGUGGAGGAGGACGAAUGCGCCAACAACACGCACGAAUGUCCGCAGCACUCAACUUGCGUCAACACUGAGGGCUCCUAUGAAUGCAACUGCUUACCGGGUUAUCAGAAGGAUCAGGAUGGGAAAUGCCAGGACAUAGACGAGUGCGCUGGGGAACAUGGUUGUCCCGCACACUCGACUUGCGUGAACACGGCAGGCAGCUUCGAGUGCAAGUGCGACGCCGGUUUCAGUGGCAGUGCUACUUCUGAGAGUCCUUGCUCGAAUAUAGACGAGUGCCAAGACCCGGAUGCCUGCUCAGCCAACGCAAUCUGCGCAGACACUGAGGGCUCUUUCACUUGCAGCUGCCCUGAGGGUUACAGCGGUGGGGGAUCACACGACUCUCCUUGCUCGAAGAUAGAUUACUGCGCCGACCCCACACUGAACACCUGCGGGGCCCACUCGACUUGUGUGAACACACUAACGACGUUCAAGUGCGUUUGCGAUGCCGGUUAUGACGGCGCGGGAACGCACGAGAGCCCUUGUGUGGAUAUCGACGAGUGCUCCAAGGAGAAACCAUCCAAUGACUGCAACCGAAACGCCGUUUGCACAAAUACUGAGGGAUCGUACACCUGCGCAUGCAAGGAAGGCUUCUCUGGCGAGGGUUUCGGAGCUGCAGGGUGUGCAGAUGUCGAUGAGUGCGCGAAUUCGCCCUGCGACGCCCACGCCUCUUGUGCCAACACCGAGGGUUCCUACGUUUGCACUUGCAACCCUGGCUAUGAACCAGCCUCAAGCGACGGACAUGCAUGCAAGGACGUUGACGAGUGUGCAGCGGGCACGGCGGAAUGCCACGUCUCCGCACAGUGUGUGAACGUGGAUGGCAGCUAUGAAUGCCACUGCUUGGAAGGUUUCAUUGGCGACGGAAAGGUGUGCAGUGACGUUGACGAGUGUGCGGCUGAGGCUUCGCCCUGUGGCGCAAACACGCAUUGCCUGAACACCAUCGGCAGCUACGAGUGCGAGUGCAAGGACGGAUAUGGCCACAUGGAGGGCAACGCGUGCAGCGACAUCGAUGAGUGCUCAGAGGCGUCUACAGAGAUCCCAGAGAACUGCAACUGUGUCAACACCGAGGGGAGCUUCUCCCUUGAGGCAAAGCCUGGGUACGAGCUCGUCGACGGCAAGUGCGUCAAGAUCGACUUCUGCGCCCGUGGUGCAUGCAACUCGCUGGCGCACUGCAAGGAGAAUCCCGAGGGCACCGCGGCGAUCUGCACUUGCAUAGCUGGCUAUUCAGGUGACGGCACAGCUCAGGGCCACUGCGAUGACAUCGAUGAGUGCUUGGCGGAGAAUGACUGCACCCCUGCCGAUCAAGGAGGGAUUUGCGAGAACACUGUCGGCUCUUACACCUGCAAAUGCGCAGCUGGGUACCAGCAAGACGGCAACUCAUGCACUGACAUUGACGAGUGCGCCAACGGCACUCACAACUGCCAUGCCUCCGCGACAUGCACGAACACGCAAGGCUCCUUUGAGUGCGCCUGCAACGCAGGCUUCAGCGGCAACGGGGUUGAAUGCAACGACGUCGACGAGUGCUCGACUGACGCUGACGAUUGCGGAGAGAACACACUGUGCAACAACACAGUUGGCAGCUUCGAGUGCACAUGCAUGGCUGGCUUCGAGGCCGCGGACGCGAAGACCUGCAAAGACAUCGACGAAUGUGCAAGCGGGACCCACACUUGCUCCACCCACGCGACAUGCACCAACACUGCUGGGUCGUUCACAUGUGAGUGCAACCCAGGCUUUGACGGUGACGGCCACAAGUGCGAGGACGUGGACUUCUGCGGCCAGGGGCUGCACGACUGCAACGUGCAUGCAGAGUGCUCGGAAAGCGACGACAACACCACCUUCAAGUGCACCUGCGGCAUUGGGUACAGCGGGGAAGGCCACGGGGAGAAUGGUUGCCAAGACAUUGAUGAGUGCGCCCAAGAUGCCAUCUGUGGGGAGAACACAGUGUGUACCAACACACCAGGUAGCUUUGAAUGUGCGUGUGUGGAAGGGUUCGUGGCUGUGGGAGCGAAGCUCAAGGGAGCAACUUCAUUGACCUGCAUAGACAUCGAUGAAUGCAACGACGCCUCGAAAAACACUUGCGCCACGUCAGCUGACGGAGGCUCUUGCAAGAACACCGCAGGCAGCUAUGAGUGCUCGUGUUUGCCUGGGUUCCAGGGCGACGGCCACAGCUGCACAGAUAUUGAUGAGUGCGCCACCCAAGGCGUAUGCGGGGAACAUGCGACCUGCGAAAACACUGCGGGUUCGUACAAUUGCACCUGCGAGGCGGGUUACACUCAGCAAGAUGGGGCCGUCGGCUGCAUUGAUAUUGAUGAGUGUGCAGCCUCCACAGCAGUGUUACCCGCCAACGCCACUUGCGUGAACACUGAAGGCAGCUAUACAUUCGAAUGCGUGCCCGGCUACCGCCAUACGGAGAAUGGCUGUACCAAGAUUGAUUUCUGCAGCGAAAAGGGAUGCAAUGCGAAUGCCAGCUGCAAGGAGAACGAUGCGGGCACCGAAGCCAUCUGCACCUGCCACAGCGGGUACGAGGGCAAUGGCGAAGGAGAAGAAGGGUGCAAAAACAUUGACGAGUGCUCCGUGGGAGAGCCAUGCAAAGACUUCGGCGAGGGCGGCGUCUGUGUCGAUUCUCCGGGAUCCUUCAGCUGCUCUUGCGCCACCGGUUUUAUCAAGAGGCGAUCUACUUGCCAGGACAUAGAUGAGUGCCUCGACGGAAAGAUGAACACUUGCGCCCCCGUCGGGGGUAUCUGCACGAACACCGUCGGCUCCUUCACCUGCUCUUGCGCUGCUGGCUUCACGGGUGACGGCCUUACUUGCGAGGACAUCGACGAAUGUGCUACGGCGGCACACACGUGCGACCCCAACGCCACCUGUGUCAACACUGUCGGCAGCUUCGAAUGCGGAUGCAAGGAGGGAUUCUCUGGUGACGGCCACACAUGCACCGAUAUCGACGAAUGCGCUGACCCUAACCUUAACAAAUGCGACACACACAAGGGCAUCUGCCAGAACGGCACUGGAUCCUACACUUGCGGAUGCAGGCCUGGAUACAGUCUGGCGGCGGACGGCUUCACUUGCGACAAUGUCGAUGAGUGCGCUGCGGGGACGGCCACUUGCGGAGAGCGCAGCUUCUGCGUGGACACGCAAGGGUCAUACAAGUGCGAGUGCAAGAACGGCUACCGCCAGUCUGGGGAGGACUGCGUGGACGUUGACGAGUGCGAGGCUGAUGUGCACACAUGCAGCGAGCACGCUACGUGCACGAACACUGAGGGGAGCCACACCUGCACCUGCAAUGAAGGGUACCAGGGAGACGGAAAGAAGUGCGAGAAGACAGUGGGCCCUUGCGACAACUCGCCAUGCGGCAACAACGCCAUGUGUGAAGCUACUGCCGAUAGCUACAACUGCACUUGCAAAGCUGGCUACGAGAUGAAGGACGGGGCCUGUGUCGACAUCGAUGAGUGCCAGUCGGGCACCCACAACUGCGACCCGCAUGCUGACUGCAGCAACACCGAUGGAUCCUUCACGUGCACGUGCGGUUCUGGCUACACUGGUGUGGGUACCCUUUGCGAGGAUGUGGACGAGUGCGCGGGCAACCAUGCGGGCUGUGACAUCAACGCUGUUUGCACUAACGUCCCUGGCUCGUUCACUUGCGAGUGCAAGAGUGGCUUCGAAGGCGAUGGGCACGAGUGUACGGAGAAAGUGCUGCUCCCUGGCCAGAUUCACUGCGAUUCGUGGACUGCAUGGACCGAAUGUACAGCUGAAACUAAGCAGAGCACCCGCAAGUGCGUGGCUCUUCCUCUCAAGGUCGAGGUGAAGCUUUGCCCCGAUGCUGACAUUUCAGCCUGCGGUGAACUCGGCGAGUGGUCAUCAUGCCCAGGAGUUGACAACAACCUGUCGCACCGCAGAGCAGAGAAGUUCGGGGAGCCGGGCUGUGAGCACGCUGAGGAGGUCAGGGAGUGCCCAGAUGAAGAAGUUGAGGAGCGCUGUGGUGCCUUUGGCGAGUGGACUGCAUGCGGCGAUCCUUCUGAGGGCUUGAGGACCAGGACGCGCCAGAACUGCCCAGAAGAGGCAGAAUUCGAGCACUGCACAAUGCCCUCUGCACCAUCCGUUCCCGAGGGCGGCAGCAGCUGCACAGAGUUCGGGGCCUGGAGUGAAUGCGUGGCUGACGCUCAUGGGAUCAAGAUGCAGCACAGAACGUGCGUACACAAUGAAGCUGUGCAGGAACACAGAAUCUGCACCGUGGAAGAUCCACAACAGUGCGGGGAGUGGUCGCAGUGGUCAGAGUGCAAGAAUGGCAAGCAGUACAGAGGCGCCGCCGGAUGCGCGUCUGUGUACGAAGUCAGAGCCUGCAGCGGCGCUAGCGAUGCGAAAGAAUGCUCUUUUGGUGCGUGGAGCGGCUGCGUGGUGGAGUUUGGCGGUCACACUUACAAAGUGCGAAACUCAAUCGACUGCGAGCUCAGUGAGCUGCAGGCUUGCAAGCCGAGCGCCGCCACCGAGGGCGAGGGCAAGUGCGCUGCUUGGAGCCCCUGGACGAUCUGCAGGGACGGCAUGCAGACUCGCGACUGCAAAAGCCUGGGUGUUCAGGAGUCCCGCCCAUGCUCAGCUGAAGGAGAGACCGAUUCUUGCGGAGCCUUUGGACCCUUCGAGCCGGCAGCUUGCAAGGCUGGCGAGAUGGUCACGAGGACGCGGGAGUGCAACGGUGCUCAGCAGAAGGAAACCAGACUGUGCAAUCCUGAGGGCAAUGACAACUGCAACAACUGGGGUGCUUGGACAGAGUGCUCGCUAAUUGUGGGCGGCUCUGCCCUGCGGUCUCGCGAGGAGUCCACUUGCGGCUAUGUGGAGUUAGAGGAGUGCAGUGGCAGCAGCAGCAGCGGCGACCAGACCGUCCACUGCGGCAGCUGGUCGGAGUGCUCCAUGAGAAAAACGGAGCGCACCUGUGAUGUCCUCUCUGACGGAUCCCACACCAGCGUUACUGAAGUGCUCACCUGCGACGACGUGCUGCCUGACUCUUGCGGUGAAUUUGGCGAGUGGUCCGAAUGUAGCGCUGACGGCUUGCACUCGAGGUCCCUGUCAGGCUGCCCAGACGUAACUGAAGUGAUGACUUGCGGCAGCGAAAACUGCCCGGCUUUCGGCGAGUGGAGCGAGUGCGGCAGCCCAGAGGACGGCCUACGGUCGCGUCAGCGAACGAACUGCGAAGAGGGAUCCGGCUGCAUUUGCUCCGAGACAGAAGCCUGUGUUAACACUGAGCUCCACCCCAUCCCAUUGCCAGUUCCUGGCGGCGGCGAGGGCAGCGAGAACGGCGAGGGUGGCCAAACCGGAGAGGAGGGAACGGAGGGAGGCGCAGGCGGUGCUGGAGGAUCCGGUGGUGCUGAGGAGCUGCCCGGAGAAGAGGGCGGCGCAGGUGCCGGCGGAGGAGGAGGCUCUGGCGGUAGUGCUGAGGAGCUGCCUGGAGAAGAGGGCGGCGCAGGUGCCGGCGGAGAAGGAGGCUCUGGCGGCAAUGCUGAGGAGCUGCCCGGAGAAGAGGGCGGCGCAGGUGCUGGAGGAGCCGAAGGCGAGACAGGGAAACCUGGCGGCGAAGAGGGUGGCGCAGGCGGCGCUGGUGAGGGUGCUGGCGGUGAAGGUGGUGAGGUCCAGCCUGGAGAGGGAGAAGGGGCGAGUGAAGGAGGCGAGCAAGUGCCGGAAACCCCUGAGACACCCGAACCGGAAACACCUGAAGCUGAGAGACCUGAAGAGCAACCCUCGACGGAAACUCCAGCAGAGGAGCCCACCGAAGGCGGUGCAGAAGAAGAGGAGAAGGAGGAGGGCAGCGGCUUCCCCACGGCAGCUGUUGCCGGAGGUGUAGGUGGUGUACUACUGCUGGCAGCAGUGGGUGGUGGCGUUGCCGCGUACUCCGGUGGUGGUGGAGGUGGCGGUGCCGAGGAGGCUGAGCAAGUUGAGUUUGAAGGUGAAGAGUCGGGUGGUGCGUCUGCCGAAACACCUGAGGCUGAUACUGUGAUUGACAUCACUGACGAAGACGACUACUGGGCAGACAGUGGUGACAUCCAGUAG